GGCGGUAGAGCCAUGGUUGGGGCGGGCGGUUGCUGCUUGCUCCUUGCCUCCGCCCUCGGGGAGGGGGUGGCCGGUGCCGGGGCGAGCAGCGGGUGAUGGGGAAGAGGCGAGCGCAGCGCUGAGGUCCUGCGGGGUCGGAUGAGCGGAGGCUUGGCGUCGCGGCGGUGGCGGGGCUGGAGGAGGGGGCGAAGGAGGCAGUAGGGGCGGCCUCCACUCUGGCUGCCCUGAGGAGAAGGAGCCCCCGACCAUGGAAAUCGAGAACAUCGUGGCCAACACGGUGCUGCUGAAAGCCCGGGAGGGCAAACGGAGUGGGCGCAGUAAAAAAUGGAAAGAGAUGCUGAAGUUGCCACCUGUUAGUCACUGUGAAGGUAUUAGAUGCUCAAUUGAAAGAGACUAUAACCAGCUUUGUGACAAACAGCCAAUAGGAAGACUUCUCUUCAGACAGUUCUGUGAUUCCAGACCAGAUCUGAAAAGAUGCAUUGAAUUUCUGGAUGCAGUGGCAGAAUAUGAGGUAUCUUCAGAUGAAAAACGUAUAGACUGUGGCCUGAAAGUUUUAGAGACAUACUUCACUAAUGGGUCUGCGGCACACUUGCCAGAAAUACCUCAGGAAACAGUAAAUGAAUGUAAAGCAAGACUGGAAAAGAACCCUUCUAAGGACCUUUUUAUGGACUGCACUAGAAUUGUCCACGAAUACCUAAGCAAAAGACCUUUUGAAGCUUACCAAGAAAGUGUGUAUUUUUCCCGUUUUUUACAGUGGAAAUGGCUGGAAAAGCAACCAGUAACCAAACACACGUUCAGGCAUUACCGAGUAUUAGGCAAAGGUGGAUUUGGAGAGGUGUGUGCCUGUCAAGUACGGGCAACAGGAAAAAUGUAUGCUUGUAAAAAACUAGAAAAAAAGAGAAUAAAGAAGAGGAAAGGAGAAUCAAUGGCUCUAAAUGAAAAAAGAAUUCUAGAAAAAGUGAAUAGUAGGUUUGUAGUUAGUUUAUCCUAUACAUAUGAGACGAAAGAUGCCCUGUGUUUAGUAUUAACCAUAAUGAAUGGAGGGGAUUUGAAGUUUCACAUAUAUAACAUGGGAAAUCCUGGCUUUGAUGAAGAAAGGGCUAUUUUCUAUGCUGCAGAACUGUGCUGUGGUCUGGAGGAUUUGCAGAAGGAGAGAAUUGUUUACAGAGACUUGAAGCCUGAAAAUAUACUCCUGGAUGACUGUGGACAUAUCAGAAUUUCAGAUCUUGGAUUAGCUGUGCAGAUUCCAGAAGGAGAAACGGUCCGAGGACGGGUUGGGACUGUUGGUUACAUGGCUCCAGAAGUGCUGAAAAAUGAGAAGUACACAUUCAGCCCGGAUUGGUGGGGUCUCGGGUGCUUGAUUUAUGAAAUGAUUGAAGGCCAGUCUCCAUUCAGGAAACAUAAGGAAAGGGUCAAACGGGAUGAAAUUGACCGGAGAGUAAAGGAAGACCAGGAAACAUAUUCUGACAAGUUCUCAGAGGAGGCAAAAUCAAUCUGCAGGAUGAAUGUUGUAGUUUGGAUUUCCAGUUCAUUUUUAUACCAUGAUAAAUUUCACCUAAUAAAAAGCCAGUUACUUGCUAAAAAUCCAGGGGAACGACUGGGUUGCACAGAAGAUGGAGCUACUAUUGUAAAGCAACAUCCUAUUUUCAAGAAUAUUAACUUCAAGAGGCUGGAAGCUAACAUGUUAGAACCUCCAUUCUUGCCAGAUCCACGUGCCGUAUAUUGUAAAGAUGUCCUGGACAUCGAGCAGUUCUCAACAGUAAAAGGAGUGAACCUGGAUACUACAGAUGAUGACUUCUAUUCCAAAUUUGUUACGGGUUGUGUCUCAAUCCCUUGGCAAAAUGAGAUGAUUGAAACGGGAUGCUUUGAAGAUAUCAAUGCGUAUGAAACGGAUGGUACUGUGUCACCAGACAGAGAGAGGUCUCCUAAACCAAAGAGAGGCUUUUUUCACAGACUUUUUAGUGGAGAGGUCUGCUUUAAAUCUGAUUGCAGUGAUGAUGAGCAGGAGUCCUCCCGACUUUAAAUCAUUUUACUCUCAUCAGAAAGGAUGAGCAAACUUUAAAUGUUUUAUAUCUCUGUAGCAAAGUGUAUUAUAUAUAUUUUUUAUCUGAGUUCAAGGAUUUUUGUACAUUUGUACUUCAUUUGUUUUAAGAUGUAUAUUUUCACUAAAGCUUAAUUGUACAAAACGCAAUGAGUGCCAUUUGAGUGAGUGUGUUUCUGUAUGUAUUUGAUUUACCUUGAUUUAUUUUUUUUUUGCCCAGUGGAAUGAAUCUAGAAAUACUAAAAGGAUUUUAAAGCACAGAGAUAUCUAUGGCAUCAGUGUAACUUGACUUUGUAUGCUAUUGGUAAAAAUCUUCUGUUCAGGGUCUUUAUUAGCAGUUUUUCUUAACAGUAAAAUUGCUGUACUGGUAAAAUCCAGAAUUCUGGUAUUAUCCAGCAGCAUAGCAGUGCUCUUACCUAAUGUAUCACUCAAGCAACUGCUAAGGAAAAAAGGAAUUCGGUGCACUAUAGCCAGCUAUUAUGGAACUACCCUUUACACUCUCACUCUGUAGAAUGUCUUUCUGUAUUUCUAUAUAUAUGGAGAAUUCUGAAUAUUUCGCUGAAUCCUGUAACAAACUGUAUUUACUCCAUUUUUCUGUUCUACCCAUCUUGCAUAUCUUCUCUGUACAGUUUCUUGGCAUGGACUUUGCAAGUAGACCCAUGCCAAAAUUCUGGAGCUAUAUUUUGAGUACUUUGUUGUCUUUACUAAAAGGGUUUAUUUUUACCUGUGGGGGCACUUUUUAGUUUUUCCUGUAAAUGAAAUUGUUUACAACUCCCUGUAGGAUGUUACAGUUUUAUAAUGGGUUACAAAACAAAGCAUGGGCUCUUGUUACUACUUCAUCUCUGCUUAUUAUGUUGGAAUGCGCAAUAUUAUGGGGUUGACAGCAAUCACUGCCACUGAGGGAAGAACAAAGUAGUAUUAAGUGUCAAAUUUAAUUAUGUAAAUAAUCUUUCCUUAGAACCUUUAAAAACUUAAAACAUUAAAACCUGCCUUUAAUAAUUGCUUGACGCAGAUGUGGAGCUGGUAUUGAAGUUUUAGUUAUGAUUACCUGAUGUUCAUAAGCAAAACUGUUUCCAGCUGCUUGAAAGCUUGUCAAACUUCCCUUCUUCUGGACUCAAAGUAUGCCAGGCUUUCUUUUCAUUUUGUAAAGUUUCUGGUAAAACUGUUAAUGUGUGUAUGAGAAUGAAUUUAGGACACACAUUAAGAGUCUCUUCUGGCUUCAAAAUUGGAGUUAGGGAUUUCAAAUAUAACAGAACACUCUUGGAGUUGGAGACAAGACUUUUGUUACAUAGCUUGUUGUGUGCUCUGAAGAUUUGUCUCCACUGAGUGCAAAUGCUUUUUUUCCUCUCAAAUCUCUAGGGCACCAACUAGACCACACAUGUAUUAUACACACAGAGCUCCUGAUUGUCCCUCUACCUCAAAAAGGUUUGUGCUUGUGAUCCGCAGACCCACUGCAAAAAACAUAAGCUGCUUCUGAGAAACUUGCAAGAUAUGUUUGAUGCUCAAGCCUAUCGUCAGGUUUAAAUUCACAGUAUUCUGUCGCUAGUGACAAAUACAUUAAUGGGUUGGACUUUGAAUAAAGUUGGAAAACCUGUGUGUUAUGGAACCCUACUGGGGAUGAGGUGGUGUCUAUCUGAAAUUGUUCCUCUUGGCUACUGUGCCACCAAAAUAAGGAAUGAGUCUCUCUCUUCUUGUGUUUUCAGUGCAGUUUUCCUGAUGUCUAAAACAGCAGAGGACAGCAAAAUGCUGUAAAAAGUGCAAAGGGAGAAAUUGGCAGAGGGAGAAAGAGUUUGAAUGAAUUACUGGAAGACAGUCUGAUGCAAUAGUGGGAGGCUUGACAAAAAGAGAAAUAUCUGAAAUAAGGGUGUUGGCUGGAGCCAUUAUAUGUGAGACAAUGAGCUGGCAGAGUCUGACCUGACCCUCUUUAUUAUGUACCACAGUAACAGAACAACUCUAAAGAUGGGAAUGAAGAACUGGAGAAAUCAUCAUGUUUCUCUGAUUAAGGGGUUUAAUUUUUUAAGAUCUUGGCAUCUUCUGAGGCAAAGGUGACUAUUUAAACAGAGGGAAUAUGGGGUGACAGUAUGGAUUUUAGUAUCUGCUUAGAGCAAUAAUAUCUGCUUGAAAUUUGGGCAAGAAUACCAUGGACACAAGCUGAGUAAUUUUUAUGGAGAAAUUACAGGAAUUACAGGAAUUGGCUUUAACAAAUAAAGAAAACCUGAAAGUCUGCUUACCA